CAGGAGGAAGCGAGCUUGACCAAUCAGGAGACAGCAUACACCGCCUGGCCUGUCAUAUGACAGCUGAUCGAUCUCAACACUCACACCACAACAUUGUCAGAGGAGAGGCUCCUUCCACAACUUUUCCCUUCAUACAGGCAGGAUGCUCGACAGUAUUUUUAACAUCGACAACGGCUACCUUGAGGGUCUUGUUCGAGGCUUCAAAAAUGGCAUCUUGAAGCAGACUGACUACUUAAAUCUAGUACAGUGUGAAACCUUAGAUGAUUUAAAGCUGCACCUACAGAGCACGGACUAUGGAAACUUCUUGGCCAACGAGGCUUCACCAUUACAAGUGUCCGUCAUUGAUGAUAAGUUGCGGGACAAGCUAGUGGUAGAAUUUCAACACAUGCGUAAUCAUGCUGUAGAACCCCUAGCAACUUUCCUUGACUACAUUACUUAUGGAUAUAUGAUUGACAAUAUUGUGCUACUCAUCACUGGGGCUCUCCACCAGCGGCCAAUAUCAGAGUUGAUGCCAAAGUGCCAUCCCCUCGGUACAUUUGAACAGAUUGAGGCCAUCAAUGUUGCCUCAACUAGCUCUGAGCUCUACAAUGCUGUCUUGGUUGAUACUCCUUUGGCCGAUUUCUUUGGCGAGUGUGUGAGUGAGCAAGAUUUGGACGAGCUGAACAUUGAGAUCAUCCGCAACACGCUAUACAAGGCAUACCUGGAAUCCUUCUAUAGUUACUGCAAAUCACUGGGUGGCAUCACUGCGGAGGUCAUGUGCGAGAUUCUUGCCUUUGAAGCCGACCGUCGAGCAUUUAUAAUCACACUGAACAGCUUUGGGACAGAGUUAACAAACGAGGAUCGAAAGAAACUGUACCCUCAGUGCGGCAAGCUCUACCCUGAUGGACUUGCUGCUUUGGCUCGAGCUGAUGAUGCAGAGAAUGUGAAACAAGUAGCAGAGUUUUAUACGGAGUACCGUGCACUGUUUGAGGGCGCUGGCAACAAUCCCGGCGAGAAGACCCUGGAAGACAAGUUCUUUGAGCACGAGGUAAAGUUGAAUGUUAAUGCUUUCUUGCAUCAGUUCCACUUUGGUGUCUUCUAUGCAUAUCUCAAACUGAAGGAACAAGAGUGCCGGAAUAUUGUUUGGAUUGCCGAGUGUAUUGCCCAGAAGCACAGAGCCAAGAUUGACAACUACAUCCCUAUUCUGUAAAGUACCUUCCACCUAAACUCUCAUAUUUAAGUUUAAGGCAAGAAAUUCUGAAACAUUCAAUUAUAGUAAGCAUGUUAGGGUUUUAUACAAUAUUUCUGGAAUUUAUAUUUUUAAGAAAUAAUAAUCUUACUUUUACAUUUUAGCAACAAUGUUUGGCAUUGGGGUUAGAAUAUGCCAUUUUCAGAACUUAAAAUAUAGAAAACACAUUAACAUGGAAAUACAAUUAGUUAUAUUUUGAAAAUAAAAUAAAUAUUGCAUUUCAAAAAUGUAAUAAAUUACUGAAGUUUACUUGAUAGUGAUAAGUAAUCAGGUUGUUGUGGUUAAUUUUUCUAAAAUCAUAGUUGGAAAUAGUAUGGUUAGUCUCUUGCCUCUAUAUCACAUUUUUCAUGAAAUAUCAAUUUUGCUACUAAUGGAUAGAGCCCAUCAAUCCACAUAACACAUGCUGAAAAACCUGUCUAGUCUGAGAAGUGUUUACAGUACAGGUAUUUAUAUUCUGAAACCCUAAAGCAGUUUUUUCUUUUUUUUUUCUUUUUCACCCUGUAAAUAUUGUAAUUUAUCUCUAAUAAUUUAAUGAGAUUAUUUUAUUACUAAAUGACUCAUGGAGACGACACUUAAUCUUGCCCAUUUUAUUUUGAAUAUCAGCGAUACUAUUUUGUUUGAAACGAAAUGUUUCUUUUAUGAAAUAUAUAAGAAUAACUGCUAUCUUGAUCAAAUUUGUGGUUACGUACAUAGUUUUCAGCACUUUUAGAGGCUGGAUCAACUUGCUGUAUAGCUGCACUUUCCAUGAUGUAUAUUUGUUGGGUGGUACAUGUUCAACUUUACAGUAUAGCUAGUAUAGAUGAUGUACCCUGUAUAAUUUGUAUAAUGCCUGUAGAGAAAUAAUACUAUACUAAUAAUGAGGAUUAAUGUUUGUGCUAUAUAUCUAUCCAUGUUGUGUAUCUUAGUUUUUCUUUUACUUUACAUUUGUAAUUAAAUUGUUAUAUUAGUAAUGACAUGGACAGUAGAUUAAGACAUUCCACAUGUAAAUUUACAAUUAGCUAUAUUGAGUUGCAAUCUGGAGGGACUGGUGGCCCAGGACCCGAGAAGCACAAUACUGUGUGGUUGUGCAGAAUGUGUAGUGGUGCUGCUUUCAACAAAGCUCCUUGCACAAACUGUUGUAGUUUUUGUUAACAAUGUAUAUAUUAUGGAGAAUAUUAAAGGAUGGUAGAAA